UACUUCACACUGUAAUUAUUUAUUUAUAAUUAUCUUCUGUGAUUGUGUUUUGAUUUGACGAAAUCCGUAAUAUUUUGUUUGAGAUUUUUUUGGUUUUUUAUUAUUUAUAAGAUAAUCAUUAAAAUCACUAUGAUAGAGAUAUUUAGAUAAUUGUAAUUACCAUUUCGUUAAAUGGAAGUUUCAAGUAUUCCUUUAUUUUUCGAUUUCCUAGCCCAGCUCGUGUUUGUGUAUAUAUAUAUUUGUAGCCUUAAUUCUUCUGUUGGUCAAUUAGAAAGCCACAAGACAAUGUUGAAAAGAGAUCGCUCGAGUGUUGUUGAAUCGAAAAGACAUGGCUCUAGUUUGGUUUUGAAAAGACAUCGCUCUAGUGUGGUGAAAUUGCUGCUACCACACGAUGUUGUUGGGCUCAUCCUCGAGAGACUUCCUGUGGAAUCUCUGCUGAGGUUCAAGUCUGUAUCCAACCAGUGGAAAUCCACAAUCGAGUCCCGGUGAUUCCAGGAACGACAGUUGAUCCGUCGUAUGCAAUCCCGAGGUCCUGAUGUUCUUGUAGUGUCCUUUGCUGAUGAUAAUAAUGGUGAUGAUGAAGCUACGACGGAGAGGAGAAUUGUGUUUGGUUCGUCCAUAGUUUCUACGUUCAGAUUCCCUACUUGGAACACCUUGCUCUGCUAUGGUAGUUGUGACGGUCUGGUAUGCAUCUACUGCUUUUACUCGCCGAAUAUCGUGGUGAAUCCCGCCACUAAAUGGCAUCGAAGUUGUCCUCUUUCCAACUUGCAACAGUUCCUCAUCGACAAAUAUGAUAAACAAGAGUGUGACUUCCCAGAUCCUAAGCUUGGAUUUGGUAAAGACAAACUCAAGGGCACGUUUAAGCAGGUUUGGUUAUAUAAUUCAUCCGAGUUUGGCCUCGACAACGUUACCACUUGUGAAGUUUUCGAUUUUAGUACCAAUGCUUGGAGGUACGUUCAUCCUGCUUCUCCUUAUCGGAUAAAUGAUUACCAAGAUCCCGUGUAUUUUGAUGGAUCACUUCAUUGGCUCACCGAGGGUAAAGAAUGCAAGAUAUUAUCUUUUGAUCUUCACACUGAAACUUUUCAAGUCAUAUGUAAAGCUCCCUUCCUCUGUGAACGUGACCCUGUCGGCGACACCAUGUGCAUCCUUGAUAAUCGCUUGUGCGUUUCUGAGAUAAACGGUUCCGCCCAACUGAUAUGGUCGUUGGAUUCUUCAGGCGGCAACAAGACAUGGAAGAAAUUGUGUUCGAUAAAUCUCACAGUAAAUAUCGAUUGGUUUAUGUCUUUCAGCUUCCCACUGUCUCCAAUAGCAAUCCUGGACGAGACUAAGCUAUUGCUUCAAGGUCGAAAUAGCUUGGAACAUCGGGUGAUAUAUGAUCUCCAUACCAAAUCUUAUGAUUUACUCUUCGACCCUAAAACCGGAUAUGCUGUUUAUUAUUACCAAAGCUUAUUCUCUGCUUUAUCAAAUAAAUUUGUCAUUAUUUUCUUUCUACCAAUGAACCUUUUGUAAUUUAACGUUUUCUGCAUUUUUAGUGAAGGGUGGUUUUUUCUUCUUCUAGGUUUUUCUUUGGCUUCUUGUUGAUCUCAGCUUUUUGGCAAAUCUACACUUAAUGCCCCAUUUUGACAUUUUUGGUUUUUAUU